CUAAGAACUCGUUUUGUGUUUAUCGUGGUUGUUUGGACGUCGUCAAAUGUGGCGCAGGCCGAGCGUACUAUUCGGCGGUGCGGCGGUCUACGCUGGCGUGGCCUUCGCGACGUAUGUGACGCUGUAUGACCCCAAGAAGAGCGAUAACAAUGCGGCCACACCGGCCGUGGAUGACGCGAGGCGUCUACAGGUCUUCGACAUGAACGCGUCCAAGUAUGACAAGGAGGUGGACUGGGACGAACGGCUCACGGGAAUCUCACUCAUGCGGCGCUUCCUGCUGCAAAGGGCCCGUGGACAGGUGCUGGAGGUAGCGGCCGGUACGGGUCGCAAUUUGGCCUUCUACCCUGCGAGUUCGAGGGUGCUUCUCACAGACUUCAGUCGUGGGAUGCUGGACCAGGUAUCAAAAGCGCAACAGCAGCGGCUGGCCAGCUGUGAGCUUAAAGUCAUGAGCGCAGGCGAACUGGCCUUCCCAGACGAGCAAUUUGACACGGUGGUGGACACCUUCGGGCUCUGCAGUAUGGACGACCCGGUGCGCACGCUGCAGGAGAUGCAGCGCGUGUGCAAGAAGGACAGCGGUCGUAUUUUGCUGCUGGAGCACGGCCAGAGUAGCUACACGUGGCUGUCGGGCAUCCUGGACAAGUUCGCGGACCUACACGCUCAGAAGUGGGGGUGCCACUGGAACCGGGACAUCCUGGCGCUGGUGGAGCGGGCCGGACUGGAGGUGGAGACCGUGCACCGCUUCCAUUUCGGCACGACGUACUACAUCGUAGCCAAGCCUCAAGCUGAACGUGGCCACGACCAAAAGACGGGCGAAUGAUUAGAUAAGUACAAAUAGCCUCGCGUCUUGAAGUUGUAGUUUGGUUGAUGUCCGGAUGUAUGUUUGUCGGUUGAAGUAAAUCCGUCCUUCGAUGCUUGGCAAAGCCAGAAUUGGUGCCGGUCGUCGUUUGUGCUAGGGGCAAUCAAGUACUCGUGUACAUUUACUGAAAGAGUCGUGUGAUCUGCCAUUUUAGUGGCGCGGCCGGCGUUCAACUUGGUUGUAUAACCGCAUCAAUUACGAAGUUAUACUUCAGUAUCAUGUGGUCGCAAUAAUCGAAACUCUUAUCCUUUUGAUCA